GGCGGCAGGGACCACUACUGGACGGGUGCAAUGUAACCGGAGGCCGGGAGAGACUAUAGGACACAGCCCUUAACCGCGCGGGAGGGGAGGGUUUAACCAUUAACCAGCAUUAACCAUUGAGCUGCGCGAAGCCGGUAACUGUACAUAAGGCGUGCGCACCGGCGUCCACGCCUCAGCGCGUUACCAGGAGCUGCGGGACACAUGCAGCAGCUACUCGGGGUCCUUGUUCUCUCACUCAUCUCCUCCGUGGACCGCUGACACUGAAAGGUGACUGUCCACCCUGGUUGGGGAAGUACUUCUCUGCAGCCGGUAAUUCAAUCCUUGUACUGCAGACCUUUAAAUAUCUCACUUGAAAACCUCCAAGCAGCCACGUGGUGUAAGGUGAGACAUUCCCAGCCCGGUACACUAACCAGUCUGACACGAUCAGUGGACUGAGAGCAUGACCAGCCUGCGCUGCACUCUGGCCACUUCAGACCUGUGAUUUAAACUGUUACUGCACUUUGGAGGACUGUUUUCAAGUGCCUGGAGGGGAUUUCUGUGGUGAGUCCCCGAGCCCAUUGCCUUCCCUUCUCUUCUGUGUCGAUCAGCUAUGCUUUCUUCUUUUUUUUGUCGGCCUACCCUGAGCACCUUGCAGUGAAUGGAGAACAUACUGGAUUUGCUCCCGAAGCACCGACAGGAACACGGGCUCUGCAGACGCUCAGCUGCAUGUGCCUUGCUGCAGGUUUUUUCUCACAGAGCAGUUUUCUCCUUGUCUUUAAUAGCAACAUUCACUCCCUGUAAACCUCUUUAAUGGGAUAAAUCAAUUGGACUGAUCAGGUUCAAAACCAGAUCAGGAAGAAAAUUCCAUUUUGACUUUGCCAAAACUAUUAGGCCAAGGUGCGCUGACCUUUCUUUGUCAAGCCCACUGUCUUCCAAAGGCUUCCGCAUGGUACUUUGGUUGAAAGAACAAGAAAAACUCCCCGACAUCGACAUGUCCUCCGGGGCCAUUGAGGUGAAGAAGGAGGGAGGCCCCCUGACACCGGCCCACCUCAAUUCCAAUUGCUCUGUCCACCCGGUAAUCCUCACCCAGGGCUCUGAGGAGGUGAGCCCAGGGACCGGGGGUGAGUUUGAGCUCACAGAGGUCACAUCUUUCACAGAGAGGGCCGGUGAGACCGGGGAGGAUGAGGAGAGGUCAGAGAUUGUGGUGGCGCUGGACUGCCGAGCCAACGCCAAAGGUCAACGGGAAGAGGAUGCUCUCCUGGAGAACGCAAGUCAGAGCAACGAGAGUGACGACACCAGCACCGACCAGAGCCCUGAACCACCGGUUCCACUCAAGGAGACCUCCUUCUCCAUUGGCCUACAGGUGGUUUUCCCCUUCCUGCUGGCCGGGUUUGGGACAGUGGCAGCAGGAAUGGUGCUAGACAUCGUCCAGCACUGGACAGUGUUUGUGGAGGUGUCGGAGGUGUUCAUCCUAGUACCAGCGCUGCUGGGGCUCAAAGGCAACCUAGAGAUGACCCUGGCAUCCAGACUUUCCACAGCGGCUAAUAUUGGUCAGAUGGACACAACCAAGGACAUGUGGAAGAUGAUCAUGGGGAACUUGGCCCUCAUUCAGGUCCAGGCCACAGUGGUGGGGUUCCUGGCCUCCAUAGCUGCUGUGAUCUUCGGCUGGAUCCCAGAAGGACGCUUCAGGCUCGGCCACGCAGUGCUGCUGUGUGCCUCCAGCGUGGCCACUGCCUUCAUAGCCUCUCUGCUGCUGGGGCUCAUCAUGAUCGGUGUGAUCAUUGCAUCCAGGAAGGUGGGCAUCAACCCUGACAAUGUGGCCACACCAAUAGCUGCAAGUCUGGGAGACCUGAUCACCCUGUCCCUGCUGGCAGGCAUCUCAACAGGACUGUACAAGGAACUAGAUUACAAUGACUAUGCCAACCCGUUGGUGUGUGCAGUGUUUGUGGCCAUGUGCCCCCUAUGGGUGCUGAUAGCCAGGAAGAUCCCAUCAACCAGAGAGGUCCUCUACUCUGGAUGGGAGCCGGUUAUCAUCGCCAUGGCAAUCAGCAGUGUCGGUGGUCUGAUCCUCGACAAGACCGUCACCGACCCAAACUUUGCUGGCAUGGCUGUCUUCACCCCGGUCAUCAACGGUGUGGGAGGAAACCUGGUGGCGGUUCAGGCCAGUCGUAUCUCCACCUAUCUGCACAUGAACGGUCUACCCAUUGGGGAUCCCAACCUCACCCCCAGGAAGUGCCCCACACCCUGCACCUCCUUUUUAGGCUCCACUGUGAACUCUCGUUCGGCCCGUGUGCUCUUCCUCCUGGUUGCCCCAGGUCACCUCGUCUUCCUUUACACCAUCAACUCCCUUAGGGGUGGACACACCACCCUGACGCCCAUCUUCAUUUCCUUCUACAUGGCUGCUGCACUUCUUCAGGUGCUUAUCCUCCUCUACCUGGCAGACUGGAUGGUCCACUGGAUGUGGGGUCGAGGCAUGGACCCCGACAACUUCUCCAUCCCCUACCUGACUGCCCUGGGUGACUUGCUGGGAACCGGCUUCCUCGCCCUCUGCUUCCACAUGCACUGGUUCAUCGGGGGCACAGACACUAAUGUGGGCAACUGAAUGCACGCACAGACACACGCACAAAAACAAAACAAAACUGUACACUUGCACACAUGGACAGUGAUAAACCUCACCCAUUAUCUGAAACUGGAAUGUAUGUCUACAUAAAGGGCUAAUCUCUUGUAGGGCUCUCUUUGAGGGUAUAGUGCAGUAGGGCAGUAGGGCAGUAGGAUUUCAGGAUGCUGACGCACCACAGCUGCUGCCAAGAAUCCAGACAGAAUCUGAGUUUCACUGCAGAAACCAUGGAAACAUACACAUCUCCUUGUCAACUACCCAACAAACCUGCACCUGAUGGAUCCAACCCCACAAACUCCACUACUCCUCCAUUACUUAAUAACUUAGUCCUACUACUGUUAUUACCACUCUUUUCACAAUGAUUAUAAUUGUGGGUAAAUAAUGUAUUUGAUAAGAAUCGAUAUCUGUUCUAUUUGGAUGACCAGUCCUCAUUAUUUUCAAUGGGGACUUUUAGCCCUACCAUUUUUGAAGAUCAAUUUACAACCAAGACGACAAAGAAGGCAAAAAAAACUACAUUAAAAAAAAUCACCAAGUGCUUUGCCAUGUAUCCAGAAAGAAUAUUACAUGAAAUCGAAUGUGUUUCAUUCUUGAUUUAAUAGAAUACACGAGGCUCUCUUUGUUUUACUUUGUGGGAGGGAACAGGCUUGGGGAGGGUUUAAUACAGGGGACUGGACCACAAACAUAACAAGCUAAAGCACUUUUUCAUCAUUGGAUAGUUAAAUUUGAGCCAGGGCAGGCAAUCAAUGUUGGAAUUUCUGAGGUUAUUCCUGCAUAAAAAGGAGCCUGGAAUCAGAUCAAUGCCUAAAAAAUGCUAAAAUCAUCUUGCUACAGGACAGACUCAGCUCCACCUCUCUAUUCAAAUGUUUCCAUUAAUUAUACCUGUGUGUUUGUUCACACAAUAAUCUGUCUCUUAUCCAUCAAACCUCUGGAGUUCACAGAGGUUACAUUUUUACCAAUUUUGCUGAAAAGUACAGUUGUGAUAUGUCCUGCAGCAGAAACUUUCAUUAAAAAGUGAGCAAACACAAAACUGUGGAAAGUAGUGUGUGGAAAAUGCAGACAGCUGUUUGUAAGGAAGGAAAAUGCACACACCUCAAGAGUUUGUUGCAGCUCACUUAGAUUAUUUUUUUUUGUACCAAUCGGUUUGUCCUAAUUUGGUGAGAAUAGCACCAGUCCCCCCGUAUGAAACCAUCUGCCAGCUCUCUACUUGAACAAGCUUCUAGUUGUUGUUGUGUUGCCCAAGCCAAGCUUACAGUAAGUGACAAGAGGCUCAACAUGCUGCAAUGGUCUGGAACAAACCUGCAGAGCUUUCCCAGAUGGUACAGCGGAGGAAAGUGAGUUCAUUUGCCUAAGUCUGCUCAUGGGAUGUGCUCAGUUGGGUUCAGCUUGCACAGUCUGACCCCACAGUGAAGGUACUGGUUGUGUGGAAAUUUGGGAAAUGUAUGUAUUUGAUCUAGACUCUUAAAAAACAUUUAGGCCGCGCUGGACCACAUAAUUGUUCAAGUGAAAGCCUUGCUGAAUAUGUUCUGUGAGGUUGGUUAACAGGUCUCUUUAUCAGAUGAGGAUGUUGGUGUUAUUGGUUUUUAUUUUGUUUCUAUUAGAUUCAGAUUCACUAAAAGAUCAGGGUAGAACUUAAAUCAGUCUGAGGACCCAGUGACACCAGCAGAAAACAGCAACAAAUGUAGCUGCGCUGGAACAAUGACUGCCUACUCUGCUGAAUUUGUUGGAUUUUGGCACUAUCAUAUAGGAAUCUGAGGCAAGCUAAGAUAUUAGCUGUGUUACACCAAUACAUUUUAUACUAAAUGGUUUAUUUAGAAUAAACUGCCUGCCCUUGUGAUAGAGAAGCAGUCUCUAGUGAGUUGUUAGUCAGACGUUCAUGUUGCAAACAAAGUUCUUUACUAAUUGUCUGAUAUCUAUAUUCAGACAUACAAAUACAUUUUGCUCUGGUAGUGUCUGGUGUGAUUGGGUCCUUUAAGUUAUAGAGAACUUCUUAUUAUACAUAAAAAUAAUGAAAUAAUUACACACACAUAAACUUCCACUAGACUCAGCCGACCUGAGCUGACUGGCUCUCUGAGGGCUUACCUGUGAGAUGGGGAAUGACAAAGGAAGCUGUGAGCUGACUUGACAGGCUGUACCGAGUACAGACGUUUACCCAGAGGUGAAGCCCAGUGUCUUAGGAGAAACCUGCAUGUGAUGCUUAUCCGGCGCUUGUCAAACUUCUGUGCUGUUUGAAAGGGGCCAGCAGAAUGCAUGUGCAGGGCACAUAGAAUGUGCAAAUUGUGAUUUUUUUUUUUAAUCCGUCAAAAAUCUUUUGUUUUGGUCGGACUGUUUUUUUUCUAUGUUUCAAUGAUGUUAAAGUUGUGAUUUUUUUCUUUCUAUUCCUUCCCCUAAUCUUUUUAACUCUUGAUGAUUCUUUUAUUGUGUCAUGAAUUUCACUGAGCAAAAAAAACACUGUAAAGAUGAAGCAACUUCUCUGACGCUGGUCAAACACAAAAGUACUGUAAUCUGCAAAAUGGACAACAGAGGGCACCACAGGGAUUCUCUCAACUGCCCAACUUCUCUGUGCAGCUCUGUGUCCACCCUGAGUCACAUUUGUCUUUUCUACAGCAUUUACCAUGUUGAAAAAGUUGCAUCCUUCGAUCCGUCAUCUUUCAGUCUGUAUACUCCACUCUCUUACUGACCAGGUGCCAGCAUUCUGCCUCUAUGUCAAUGGAAAGUUGUGAAUACUUCUAUAAGAGGGCAAGUAAUGCUUUGUCUAUUUAUUUUUAGAAGCACACAAAGCAAAUUGUACAUACUAUAUUUAUUCUAUAUAUAAGGUUGUUUAUUUUGUAAUUUCAUUUUGGCUCAGUUUCUUUAUAAUCAUGUUGUUGUCAUUUUCUCUUCUCUUUAAUGUGUUCUUUUUUUUGUUGUUUUUUUGCAAAGGCCAGUAGAGCUUUUUGGCAUAUGCCGCAAUAGGUUGUUGGUGAUGCUAAUGAAUAGCACAGUGCCUAAUACCAGUCUUACACACUUCACACCCAUGCACGCACACACACACACACACCUUGUCUCAUGCAGGUAUUAUAAAACAUAGAAUGGCCUUAACCUAUCAGAGCCAAGCUCAAGUCAGAGUAACCAAUCAGGAGCUAGGUGUGCCACUGAGUAGCAUCUCUUUGAUUAGUUUUGAUUAAUAAAAGAUGUACAUUAUGUUGAUUAUGAUGUGUAAUGUAAUAAAGACUGUAAGGGCUGGCAGCGUCAGCUUUUGUUCAUGUGAAUCUGCGAAGAUCAGGACGAGCUGAGAGGAAAACCAGCAGGUUGGAUUUAUAGGGCUCAUGAAAGGUCUGAAAUCAAAUUAUGAAACAGUAGAAGUAAUAUAUCAAUCUACAAACAGUACAAGUGCAAAAAAUGAGGUUUCCUCUGGUAUAUAACACACGCAGCCUUUAAAUCCUCUCAUCCAACUACUGCCUUGUUAACCACAGUGCUUCAAACCCUCGAGCCCCUGAACUCACAGGGAACCAUGCUGAUCCUCAGGCUGCCAACAUCCACAUCGAGACUUUUAUUCAGACUCUAAACGUCCACCUGUCCCAGCCAGUUAUAUUGCCUAUAAGGAAGAAAACGGAUGUUGAAACAUGUACAGUCUUGCUGGGGCUGAGGUCUUUAUGUUCUCUGUGUGUUCUUCUUGUAAAAGCCCUCCCUCUGUGAGGCAGGAGGAAGGCUUUCUCCCUGCAGGACUUUGUAAAUUGCUGGAAAUAAAGGACUAUAUUAUUUC